UUUACCGUUAUCUGAGAAUUCUAUAAGUAGUGAAGGUGCCAACAUUAAUCUUUUUGAGGAAGAAUUUAAUGAUGAAUUUUUACAAAUCAAUAUUGAAGCGGUAAACAUAGAAUUAGAAAAUGAAUUAGCAAUAAAUCAAUUUUUUGAUAUUAGAAUGCUUGAACGAAAUCAAAUGAAUAUAACCGAAGAAGGUUCAGUUAAUUCUCAAAGACCUACCAGUAAUACUAAUAACGAUUG